UAAAAGGAGUGGGGAGGGAAACGUCCCGAAGCGCACAAUUUACCCGAGCAUUCUGCGUUAACCAAUGUUGAGGUUAUAAACUUCAGAUAGUUCACUUGAGGUGUACGUUGUCUCUUGUUGUUUCUCUUUGUGUUCGUUGCACGUUCUCUGAGCAAUCGAUGGCAGCGAAACUCGCCUAACCCGUGUGUACACGAUACACGAGUUUCUCGCUCGCGGUUCGUCUAUUCCUCAUAAAUCGGUGCGCAUCAAAACAUGAAGGAUAUAUGAUGACAGACGUGCGCUAAUAAUGCGAUUGAAGGGAAAUUGAACUGCGCUCACUGAGGAAUAUCAAGGAGUUCUGGAUAGUCAUGAGAGCGGUGUACCGUGACACAAAAUUCGUGUGAUGUCAAAUAGAUAUCGUCGCGAGGAUAUACACGAGAGCACCGUUGCAGAAUCGAUAUCGGUAAGUUCACGACAAUGUCGAGCACGCUGGUGCAGCAGUUUGUCCAGAGGCUCAAGUCCAGAAAUGAAGAGGCACGGAACAAAGCGGCGAGGGACCUGUGCCUCUAUGUUAAAACGGAGCUGCGCGAGGCGUCGCAGGAGGAGAUCACAGCCUUCAUGGACGAGUUUAAUCACCAUAUAUUCGAGAUGGUGUCCGGGUCUGAUGUGAACGAGAAGAAGGGUGGAAUUCUAGCCAUAGUUUGCCUCAUCGGAGCCGACGUUGGCAACUUUAAUACAAGAACUAUCAGAUUCGCCAAUUAUCUGAGAAACUUGUUGCCUUCCAACGAUGUGGGUGUUAUGGAGUUGGCUGCCAAAACGGUGGGCAAACUGGCGUUGGUUUCAGGUACUUACACGGCAGAGUAUGUGGAAUUCGAGGUGAAGCGUGCCUUCGAGUGGCUAGGUGGCGACAGGCACGAGGGCAAACGACACGCGGCUGUUCUGGUUCUCAGAGAGCUCGCCGUUUCCAUGCCCACAUAUUUCUUUCAGCAAGUGACGCCGUUCUUCGAGCUCAUAUUCAAUGCGAUACGCGACACGAAACCUGUGAUAAGAGAAGGGGCCGUAGAGGCGUUAAGGGCUGCCUUGAUCGUCACUGCCCAGAGGGAAACAGCGAAGCAAAUGCACAAAUCGCAGUGGUACAAGCAGUGCUACGACGAGAUAGUAUCGGGAUUCGAGGAAGUGUACACUAGGGAAAGGGGGGUGAACAGGGACGAUAAGAUACACGGCUCGCUGUUGGUGCUGAACGAGUUGCUGAGGUGCAGCAACAUUCAAUGGGAGAGGAAUUACGAGACAUUGAUGGAACGAUUGAACUGUUCCAACCAGCAGAACGAGAACGACAUAUUGUCGCUGAUGCCGCGAUUGAAAACGACGAUAGUGUCCAAAUGGUCCAGCUCAUCGCAAAGCUCCACCAAUUCGCAACAGACAUUGUACCCGUCUCACGAGUCCGCCGUGUGUCGGUGCCUGAUGCAGGAAAGAUUGGACGACAUAUACAACGACGUGAUGAACCAGAGAAUGUCCAGGAAUCCGCAUAUCCAACACGCUCUCAUGAUGUUGUUGCCAAGGCUUGCAGCAUUCAACAAAGAGAAGUUCACGAAGGAUCAUUUGAGGGAGUCAUUGGCUUAUCUUCUGAUGACCUUGCGCAGCAGAGAGAAGGAUCGAUACGCCGCGUUCACCACCAUCGGUCUCAUAGCAGUCGCAGUGGAAGAUUCGAUAAAUCCUUACCUUUCCAAGAUCAUGGAAGUGAUCAAAAGUUUGCUACCUUCCAAGGAGACCUCCGCCAAAAAGCGCGGCGCGUCGUUGGAGCCCGCGGUGUUCGUUUGCAUAACUUUGCUGGGACACGCGGUGAAACAGGUAAUAGCCGCGGAUGUGAGGGAUUUGCUAGAGUCUAUGUUGCAGACUGGACUGAGCCCCAUUCUGACGACGUCUCUCAGGGAACUGGCACACAGCGUACCGUCGUUGAAGCCUGACAUAUCUCAAGGACUUCUGCGAAUGCUCUCCCAGGUUUUGAUGCAGAAACCUCUGAGACAUCCUGGCGCACCAUGGACCGCGAGCAGCCCCAUCUCCGGACCUCCCACCGAAGUAGAUAUUCCAUCCACGGUUCUAGCGCUGAAGACUCUUGGAACGUUCAACUUCGACGGCAACCCGCUCUUGCAGUUUGUAAGACGGUGCGCCGAUCAUUUCCUCACGUCUGAGCAGGCGGAGGUUCGACUGGAGGCUGUGAGAACGUGUUCGCGGCUGCUACGGUUGGCGUUGAAUCAACCUGGGCCCACGGUGACCAACACCGUCUCCACCGUCCUUGGGAAGUUGUUGGUCGUUGGCAUAACGGACACGGAUCCCGACGUGAGACUCUGGGUGCUGGCUUCCUUGGACGAUUCGUUCGACAUUCAUCUGGCACAAGCGGAGAACCUCUCUGCGCUGUUCAUCGCGAUGAACGACGAGAUGUUCGAGAUCAGGGAGCUGGCGAUCCGCACGAUUGGACGACUGAGCACGAUGAACCCGGCGUACGUGAUGCCCUCCCUUCGCAAGACCCUCAUACAAUUCCUCACGGAGUUGGAGCACUCGGGUAUGGGCCGCAACAAAGAACAAGCGGCGCGUAUGCUGGAUCAUUUGGUCGUCAGCGCGCCGAGGCUCAUCCGGCCGUACAUGGAGCCGAUAUUGAAGGUCCUGGUGCCGAAAUUGAAGGAACCGGAGUCGAAUCCUGGCGUGAUACUGGCAAUACUGCGCGCCAUCGGCGAUCUGGCGGAAGUGAAUGGCGCCGAGAUGCAACAAUGGAUGCCCGAGCUUCUCUCCAUACUGCUGGAGAUGCUGGUCGACGCCAGUUCCCCGGAGAAACGAGGAGUAGCACUGUGGGUGCUUGGCCAACUGGUGGGAAGCACAGGGCACGUUGUCAAGCCGUACAUGCAGUACCCUUCGUUGCUGGACGUGUUGAUCAAUUUCUUGAAAACGGAGCAACAGCUGAUCAUCAGGAGAGAAACGAUAAGGGUCCUGGGGCUGCUAGGUGCCCUAGAUCCGUAUAAACACAAGAUGAACCUUGGCCAGAUCGACUCGCAGUUGGACACCCUCACUUCCAUGGCUGAUACCAAAGGUGAAACCGAGAACACGCAGGACUUGACUACCAGCGAGAUGCUGGUGAACAUGUCAUCGUCGACGUUGGAGGAAUAUUACCCGGCGAUCGCCAUCGCGACGCUCAUGAGGAUCAUUCGCGACCCGACGUUGUCCCAGCACCACACGAUGGUCGUUCAAGCGGUGACUUUUAUAUUCAAAAGUUUAGGGAUUAAAUGCGUUCCGUACAUCUCGCAGGUAAUGCCCAGCUUCCUCAACGUGGUCCGCACGGCGGACGUUAACUUCCGGGAGUACCUGUUCCAACAAUUGGCCGUCCUCAUCGCCAUCGUGAAGCAGCACAUUAGGAACUACCUGGACGACAUAUUCAACCUGAUCAAGGAAUUCUGGACGGUGAACAGCCCGUUGCAGAGCACGCUGAUACUUCUGGUGGAGCACAUCGCCGUUGCACUGGGCGCUGAGUUUAAAAUUUACCUGCCGCAGCUGAUGCCCCAGAUACUGAGAGUACUGACGCACGACACCAGCAAGGACAGAUGGGUGACGGUGAAGCUUCUCCAGGCGCUGCAGAAGUUUGGCAACAAUCUGGACAAUUACCUUCACCUGGUCCUGCCGCCGAUCGUCAAGUUCUUCCACGCCACCGAUUGCUCGAUAACCGUGAACAAAGUGGCACUCGAGACUGUCGACCAUCUGGCAGACACGCUAGAUUUCACGGACUUUGCGUCCAGGAUCGUACACCCGUUGGUACGGACGCUGGACCAGUGCCCGGAGCUGCGUAACACGGCGAUGGACACGCUGUGCGCGUUGGUGAUACAACUGGGGAAAAAGUAUCAGAUCUUUAUCCUGCUGGUGCAGAAAGUGAUGACGAAGCACAAGAUCGUCAACUCCCGUUACGACGUUCUAAUUGACAAAAUUUUGACAGAGACCACCGUCGCCGACGGCGAGGAUUACCUCUUGAUGAGACACCGACACGCCAGGAACAAGAACCGCGACUUGUCGUUGACGUCGUCCGACACGACCACUAUCAAACGGUUGCACGUGUCCGCGUCGAAUCUUCAGAAAGCCUGGACAGCGACGAGGAGGGUGUCGAAGGACGAUUGGCUGGAAUGGCUGAGAAGUUUGUCGAUCGGUCUGCUGAAAGAGUCGCCGUCGCCGGCGUUGAGAUCGUGCUGGGCCCUCGCGCAGACCUACUCUCAAUUACCCAGAGACCUGUUCAACGCCGCUUUCGUUUCCUGCUGGACCGAGCUGGACGACACAUACAAGGCAGAGCUGAUCCAAACGUUGCAACAGGCGUUGAUGGUCCCCGACCUUCCCGAGAUCACGCAGACAAUCUUGAACUUGGCUGAGUUCAUGGAGCACUGCGACAAGGGGCCGUUGCCGCUGGACAACAAAAUCCUGGGCGAGAGGGCGAUGCACUGCCGAGCUUACGCGAAGGCGCUCCACUACAAGGAGGACGAGUUUCACAAGAGCAGGAACAGCAACGUUUUUGAAUCGUUGAUCUCUAUCAACAACAAGCUUCAACAGAAAGAAGCUGCAGAAGGCCUCCUCGAGUACGUUAUGAACCAGAACAAUCAACAAGAUCUAAAGGUGCAGGUACGUUGGUACGAGAAGCUGCACAACUGGGACAAAGCUUUGCAGUUGUACAGAGAAAGGUUGGAGUGCGACUGUACAGACGUGGAGUCGACUCUUGGCGAGAUGCGUUGCUUGGAGGCUCUUGGCGAAUGGGGACAGUUGCAUGACGUUGCCACGAAGCAAUGGUCGCAUCAGACCGACGAGACCAAGCAGAGAAUGGCUAGAAUGGCGGCGGCGGCAGCGUGGGGUUUGAACCAGUGGGAGAGUAUGGAGAAGUACGUCUCCUUGAUACCAAAGGACACACAGGACGGCGCAUUUUACAGAGCCGUUUUGGCAAUUCACGAUGAACAGUACGACAUCGCUCAUCAGCUCAUUGACAGUGCCAGAGAUUUGCUGGACACAGAAUUAACCGCCAUGGCCGGUGAGAGUUACCAGAGGGCUUACAACGCCAUGGUGGAGGUCCAGAAGUUGGCAGAGUUAGAGGAGGUGAUACAAUUCAAAUUGGUGCCAGAAAGAAGAUCCACCAUUAAGUCUAUGUGGUGGGAAAGGCUUCAGGGUGGGCAGAGAAUAGUCGAGGAUUGGCAGAAGAUCAUACAGGUUCGCACGCUGGUGGUUUCGCCCCAGGACGACAUGUACACGUGGCUGAAGUAUGCUAGUCUUUGCAGAAAAAGCGGUAGCCUGAUGCUGUGUCACAAAACGUUGGUCAUGCUGCUUGGAACGGAUCCUUCGUUGACUCCUGAUGAGGAGUAUCUACCCACUACUCACCCUGAGGUGACGUUCGCCUAUUGCAAGCACAUGUGGGUGGCGAACAAACGAGAGGAGGCGUAUGAUCAGCUGCUAAAUUUUGUACAGUGUUCUUUGCUACCGACGACCCUGCACUACGUGCCUCCAGAGGAGCAGAAACAGCAAGAAAUAAAAGAGAUGAGGAAAAGGCUGCUCGCCAGGUGUUACCUGAAGCUCGGAGAGUGGUUGGAAGCUUUGCAGGGCAUAAACGAAGAUUCGAUCCCGGAAGUAUUGUCUUAUUACGCUGCAGCUAGGGAAAACGACCCCACUUGGUACAAGGCGUGGCAUGCUUUCGCGUACACGAAUUACGAGACAGUCUUAUUUUAUAAGCAUCAACAGGGCGACUCGAACAACGAGAGCGUUCCAGCCAAUGGGACUCGCGAGAGUAUUUUUAAUUCGCAGCGCAUAUCUCGAUUCACCGUGCGAGCGGUCGAAGGAUUCUUCAAAUCUAUCAAUCUUUCGCACGGUAACUCCUUGCAAGAUACGCUCCGUUUGUUGACCUUGUGGUUUGAUUACGGCCAAUGGCCAGAAGUGUACGAGGCCAUCGUCGAGGGUAUCCGUCUGAUCGAGAUCAACACCUGGCUGCAAGUGAUCCCGCAGCUCAUCGCUAGAAUAGACACGCCUAGAGCUUUGGUCGGCAGAUGCAUACAUCAUCUUUUGAUAGACAUUGGGAAAACGCAUCCUCAAGCACUGGUUUAUCCGCUGACCGUGGCGUCGAAGAGCGCCAGCCACGCUAGGAAGACUGCCGCCAAUAAGAUUCUUAAAAGCAUGUGCGAGCACAGCCCGACCCUGGUGCAACAAGCGAUGAUGGCCAGCGACGAAUUGAUCAGAGUAGCGAUCCUCUGGCACGAAUUGUGGCACGAGGGGCUGGAAGAAGCCAGUAGGUUGUAUUUCGGCGAGAGGAACGUUCGAGGAAUGUUCGACACGUUAGAACCUUUACACGCAAUGUUGGAGAGGGGACCACAGACUUUAAAAGAAACGUCUUUCAAUCAAGCAUACGGCAGGGACCUGAUGGAAGCGCAGGAAUGGUGUCGCCGAUACAAAACCUCGCGCAACGUCCGCGACCUGAAUCAGGCUUGGGAUUUGUACUACCACGUUUUCAGAAGGAUAUCCCGACAGUUGCCGCAGCUAACUAGCUUAGAGCUUCAGUACGUCAGCCCGAAGCUACUUCUUUGUAGGGACUUGGAGUUGGCUGUGCCGGGGAGCUACAGCCCUGGGCAACCAAUAGUCAGAAUAGCAAGUAUACACAGUUCCAUGCAAGUGAUAACGAGCAAACAGCGACCGCGAAAGUUAUGUAUAAAAGGUAGCAAUGGUAAAGAUUACAUGUUCCUUUUGAAAGGACACGAGGAUCUCAGACAGGAUGAACGAGUAAUGCAAUUGUUUGGUCUAGUCAAUACCCUCCUGUUGCACGAUCCAGACACCUUCCGAAGGAAUCUUACUAUCCAAAGGUACGCUGUGAUUCCACUGUCUACGAAUAGCGGUCUGAUUGGCUGGGUACCACACUGCGACACGUUACACACAUUAAUCAGAGAUUACAGAGAAAAGAAGAAGAUACUGUUGAACAUAGAGCAUAAGAUAAUGUUACGAAUGGCGCCGGGUUACGAUCACCUUAUGCUCAUGCAGAAAGUCGAGGUGUUCGAACACGCUCUUGAGCAUACGCACGGUGAUGAUCUGUCGCGAUUGCUUUGGUUAAAGUCGCCGUCGAGCGAAGUGUGGUUUGAUCGUAGGACGAAUUACACGCGUUCACUUGCUGUAAUGUCUAUAGUGGGAUAUAUUCUUGGCCUCGGUGAUCGACAUCCGUCUAAUCUGAUGCUGGAUCGUUUGAGCGGGAAGAUAUUGCACAUCGACUUCGGGGAUUGCUUCGAGGUAGCCAUGACGCGUGAGAAGUUCCCCGAGAAAAUCCCGUUUCGAUUGACAAGAAUGUUGAUUAACGCGAUGGAAGUAACGGGAAUCGAGGGCACGUAUCGAAGAACUUGCGAGUCAGUAAUGUCAGUGCUGCAUCGUAACAAGGACAGCUUAAUGGCUGUACUAGAGGCAUUCGUCUAUGAUCCUUUGUUAAACUGGCGGCUGAUGGACAACGCCGCGUUGAAAGGUAAAAGAUCUGAUGCUCAGGGGAUGAGUGCCAGUAGCAAUCAAGAACACAGUGACGUACUGGAUUCUCUUACGGCCACAUUGCCAAAGAAAGGAGUACCGUGCAGCGUUGAAAAUGGAGGCGAUACUAAUCAACCAGAGGCGUUGAAUAAAAAAGCGCUUGUCAUCAUAACAAGAGUAAGGGACAAAUUAACUGGACGUGAUUUCUCUCACGAGGAAACACUGAGUGUUCAACGCCAAGUUGAUCUUUUAAUUCAGCAGGCUACCAAUAAUGAGAAUUUGUGUCAAUGUUACAUUGGAUGGUGUCCCUUCUGGUAAACAAAUUUUCGUAAAUGAGGACUUUAAUGUGUAUCAUGUGCAGUCUCGUUCCUGUUUUUUGCAUUUGCAUUUUUUAUUGUUAAGAAGUAAUUAUACGUAGUGUCAUACUAUUAGAGCAUAUUGUACAUAUAUAAGCUAUAUUAUUACAUUGAUUGUAUAUAAUACUCAUGUUAUUCCUGCUUAUAAAGUACAAUGUACAUUAGAAAGAACACGCUUCAGAAACCAUAUGAUAAUCAAUUUUUAUGUAAACAUGAAAAAAAAAGAAUCUGCUCAGGAAUAAGAUUAUAGUAACGAUAUUUUUUUCUUAA